UUUGAGCUGCAGUCCAUGCUAGGCAAGCUCUCUACCACAGAGCUACAACCACAACCCACAUUGACCCUCUUGAGAGAGAUGGGAGGACCAUCUCUCUCAUCACUGUAUCAUCGCAUCACUGUAGCUGAGGAUUAAGACUUCAUGUGUGAGGCUUCCAGGAGGCAAAGACAGCAAAAGAGGCAGAAACUGGGAGAAGAAAGUUGACAAAAGACAAAAGUUAGGGGAGUCUGAUCUAUUAACUGAGACCUGGCCCUGGCUUUGACAACUUUAGGGCACUGGCACCUGAAGCUAGUGUAGAGUUAGAGUAAGAUUGCUGGGGAUAUCAGAUUGGAAGAGGGUGGAGGAGUUGAACAAUGACCAAAGGGGAAGGGCUGCCCUCUUUUGGAAUAGAGGAUCCAAGGAGCAGCACCAAAGGACUGGAAAGGGACGCCCUAUCCUUCCCAAGCUACCUAGGACCAUAAGUGAAGAUGCUGAAGUCCGCGCAGGAGCCCCGAGGGGGCUUCUCCUUCGAGAACUGCCAGAGAAACGCAUCCUUGGAACGUGUCCUUCCCGGGCUUCGGGUCCCUCAUGCACGCAAGACCGGCACCACCAUCGCAGGCCUUGUAUUCCGAGACGGGGUCAUCCUGGGCGCGGAUACGAGGGCCACUAACGAUUCAGUCGUGGCAGACAAGAAUUGCGAGAAGAUCCACUUCAUUGCCCCCAAAAUCUACUGCUGUGGGGCUGGAGUAGCCGCAGACGCCGAAAUGACUACACGGAUGGCUGCAUCCAACAUGGAGCUACACGCAAUGUCCACUGGACGCGAGCCUCGCGUGGCCACGGUCACUCGCCUUCUACGCCAGACGCUAUUCCGGUACCGGGGACACGUGGGCGCAUCGCUGAUCGUGGGCGGAGUAGACUUGACCGGACCACAACUCUAUGGCGUGCACCCCCACGGUUCCUACAGCCGACUGCCCUUUACGGCUCUGGGCUCCGGGCAGGACGCGGCCCUGGCGGUGCUGGAGGACCGGUUCCAGCCAAACAUGACGCUGGAGGCUGCACAGGGGCUGCUGGUGGAAGCUAUUACCGCAGGGAUCCUGGGUGACUUGGGCUCUGGGGGCAGCGUGGAUGCAUGUGUGAUCACCGCAUCAGGUGCCCAGCUGCUGCGGACACUGAGCUCGCCCACAGAGCCUAUAAAGAGGCAUGAUGGCUACCGCUUUGCACCUGGAACCACAGCCAUUCUGACCCAGACAGUGAAGCCAUUGAACUUGGAGCUCCUAGAAGAAACUGUGCAGGCCAUGGAGGUGGAGUGAAGUUGUCUGGGGUUUACAGCUAAGAACAAGGGGGAAUAAACCCAGAAAAUAAAAACAUCUAUACAGACUAAA